ACAACAUCAACAACAGAAAUAUCUGUUUCCGGAGGCUAGCUGCUGUUUGCUAGCUGCUGAAGCACUGCUGGCGGUGACUUUAACUAUGUUUACCUGCGACACUCCGUCCACAACAUUUCGCUGAAGCCUCAACCUCAACGCACCAGCUCUUCUCUAUCCACCCUGGCGCCAACAUGUAUUCUCCGAUGGAAGAGUGUAAAUUCGUGCAUUGUGUCAAGGAUGAGCUGUGGGCAUACAGAGAGAAGAGCAACCGAAAGAGUGUGCUUCUGUUUCCCCCUUUACCCAGCAGACUGCGAUACCUGAUUCACAAGACCACAGAGGACCUGCCAGACCUCAGCACCUUCUCUGUAGGGGAGAGCUGGUGCCGUAGGGUGGUGGUUUGCCACUCUGAGCUCAGGGGUGAGGUUGAGGACGACAGCAACUUGGAGAGCAACAGCAGCUUGAGUGAAGAGCCUGUAAGUAGCAGUGGGGAGGCGGUUGGUAAUAUCAAGCCUAAACAUUCAAUUCCAACACGAAGCCGAAGACCUAAGAGGCCGGAUAAGGCCCUCUACGUGCCACGAGCUGCUCGGGGGAGACUGUCUUCACAAAACUCGCAAGGACCCACGGCUUGUCAUAGCGGUAGCUCUAUUAGCAGUUCAUCGGACUCUUGUUCCUGCCCUGAAAGUAAAGAAAAUGGAAAGAGUGACUCCACUACCAGACCGGGAUCAUUCUCCAGUGUAGCAGACAGUGUUCUUGACCCUUCCUCAGACAGUUCAGUGCCGUGUACUCAGGAGGAGAAACAAAACUUGGAGCUGAGGCUACAUGACGGUGAGGCCGUUGUCUGGGACAAGAUUCAGUCGCACUUCAGUAACAUGACUGUAAAGGACGAGGAAGAUGUUGAUAUUGUGGCAAACAGUCCUCUGACAGAAGACACAAGCACAGACACAGAUGAUCUUACUGAAGAGAUUAAGGCACAUCUAAAAGAGGCGGUUCCUGUUUCCAUUGAGCAUGUCCAGAAUGACUACUCUUGUUAUGAGAUGAUGCAUUUUAACUUGGAUGGCUUUCGCCAUGUGAUUGAGAUUUAUGACUUCCCAGCUGUGUUGAAGACAGAUGACCUUCUCGAUGCUUUUGUAGAGUACAGCGAUGGUGGAAUGAAGAUCCAGUGGGUGGACAAUACACAUGCUCUAGGCGUUUUCCCCAGUGAGUCGGCAGACAUGUUUAUUGUGUCAUGUACAGCACUCCGUGCCCUCUCCAUCUGCCACCCACUGCUGAAGACACGAACACUGGCUAAAGGAAGUAAAAAGGCCAAAGGCAAGGCCAUCAGAUCAGCAGAGUUUAUCCAGCCAGUGAAGGAACGGCCAAGGACGGACUGUGCUGUUGCCAGGCGGAUGGUCACCAGAGCCUUGGGCAAACAGGGACGAGGGAGAGUGCAGCGAUAUUAAAGAAAAAUGCUAGUGCUGUUAGCAGAUACUGCAGAAAGGUCCAGCAGUGGCCACAGUGGCCAUAAACGACUGAUUAUGAAGAGUACAGCUGCUGUCCAGCACUAUGUGUCCUCUUCACUGAAAAAGGCAGCCGUCAACAUCCACCCUGCUGAAGUGUCUUUGAGCAAGACACAACAAUUAACCUCAGAGCUGCUGUCCCAUAGCUGAACCUGUUCCCUUUGGACGUUACUGUUGUGGUUCCUGUUGCUCACUGUUAGCAUCACACAUUAAAGAAACAAUAAGACCCAGGAGUGAUGUGCCGCCCGGGGUCUGAAGUCUGACUGGCCGUUGUUGUGGAUCUGGGAGGAGAAGCGGAGAAGGCGGCGGUAGGAAGUAGAGUCGGCUUUGUCAGCGCUGCUGGACAGACAGUGCUCCUCCUGGGCACACUGCAGGACGUACAUGGGUCUAUCCUCCAGAAGCGGUGACUCACUCUUUUGUGGAAGCCCAUGGCAGGAACAUUACACCUGACUGCUGCGUCUUCCUCAUGGCUGCAGCCCAGAGCGUCACGGUUGAAGUAGCAAUCAGUCAGCGACUUCUCAAAGCCAGAACACAGCACCUCGUUCAUGUGGACCGGCCCGAUUCCUACAGGUGGACAUCAGAUCUGUCUCCACUUGCCUCCAUCUUUCACCUCCAGAAAGCCCUCAGUGAUGGGAAUCCUUUUCCUGUGAGAGUACGUGGCCCUGAUCCUCACAUCCUCCACCUGCACCGUCAUACCCUGACAGACAGAACAGAGGACAUAUUUAAUCGCUGUUUCCCAGGUUUCCCAGAGACUAUGGGUUGAGGAGGAAUUGGAAGUUUGUCGGCUUAGACCUGGUGUCAUUCCAUCAGUGUUAAACUUCCCAGCUCAUCUUGGAAGAGUACGUGCCAGAAAGACCACGACCAAGCAGCCUUGAGAUCUUAGGCAGCGUCUCCCUGAGGUGGGUGUCGACGGUGUUCACGGUCAGGUCUGUGGUAAUCCCGUCAAAAAACAAAACAGAAAAAAAUCUAGAUUAUAAAUCAACAUGUAACCAAAGCACUCUGUGUAUGACGCCAUAGUAUAGGAUGUAGUUCAGAAAAUGUCAAAGUAUAGUAUGCUUUACUCAAGAAUAACAUAGUAUGGCCUGUAGUUCAUAGUAUAGCAUGUUGGCAAGAAAAAAAACAACAUAGAUUUUUAUGUGGUUCAAAAAGUGCAAAAUGAUAGGAUGUUGCCUGAAAUUGUCAUGUAUGAUAUGUGGUUCAAAAAAUGUCAUAGUGCAGUAUAUUGUCAAAAUAGUAUGUAAUUCAAGAAAACAUCAGAGUAUAAUAUGUCAUCUAAAAAAUGCCAUAGAAUAAUAAUUUCAUUGCACAAGUAAAAGUAUAGUAACUUUUAAAACUGUUCGAAUUCUUAUAUGUUGCUAAAAAAACUAAAACAAAAAAAACGUCAGUAAUAUGUCAAUUAAAAAAGCCUAUAGUAUAGCGUGUCGCCCAACAAACAUCAUAGUAUAGCAUGUCGCUCUAAAAUGUCACAGUAUAGCCUUUAGUCCACAGCUGUCAGUCCAAACGCUGGUUUCCAGAGGGUCAGACGAGAAUUUAUUUGAAAGAGUAAGUUUACAACAACACAACGUGAGGGGGUUAAAAACAAAUGGGUGUUAGUAAAAUAAAAUAAAUAAACAGAACUAAAAGUGAACUUCAUGUUGACAUUGAUGGGCAUUCCAACCAGGAACAAAGUAAAAGAUAAUCAAUACAAAAAAAACCCUCUUCCUGUUCACCUCUUAAAACCCCAAAACACACCGCAGUAGCACCCUAAACUAAAACUACCAAUGGGUUCCCUGUUUUCCUUUCUGAACAAUUCAAAGGUCCCUCUCUAUCUCCCCACACAUCCACCAACCACUGGAACACAUCUCCAAAGUUCUGCCGGGCCAGCUCAGCUUCCCCUCAGAAGAAGUGCCGCCACCUGCCAGAUGAAGGAGCCUUUUGAGAGGCAGCUGGCAUCGUGAUUGGACUGUACUUUGGUCUGUUCCAAUCCAGCUUCAGCUCCAGAGACGGCAGGCGGGACGAGUCAACGGAGGCCGGGUGGACGAAGGCAUGAAGCUGAGUACAAUCCAGAAAACAACAGAGGAGGAGUGCAGCAGCCCAGGGCCAGAACAACCAGAGUAGCAUCGUAUGUCUCUUAGAAAACAUCAUAGUACAGCCUUUGGUAUGAAAAAACGCCAUCAUAUACAUCGUAGAUUGUACAAAUAACAAGUCAAAGGAAAGAGACAUACAUUGUAGAAUUGUAGUAAUUGUGGGCUGACUGAUUUACUGAUUAUCAGUAUUUUAUUUUUUACUGAUUUACGGUAAUAAAUACAUUUAAAAAUGG